AUGUCCUUGCAAUCCACACGAGCUCUUUUCAUUCUCAGCUUCGUCGUUGCUCUUGUGUUUGGAAUCCAGUGUGUCAAGGCGGCCGUUGGGUGCGCUGCGGAGGCAAAUUUCCAAGGAUGUAAAAGUAUCGAGGAAACUCAGCUCAAGAGUUGCGGCCCGUCUGAUUACGCCUGCCAAUGUGCAGCCCAAAAGCUUAUCCAACAAUGCUACAAUUUGUGUCCUACAUACGCCAGCGAUGCGUCUAUUCAACAGGGCACGGUAGACGGUAUCUGCGCUGCCGUACCAGUUACCACAACCACAACCGUCAUUUUACCCACAAGCUCAGUGGCCCCGGUAGUCCUUCCGUCAGUCAUUCGCCCAUCGUCUUCCUCGUUUGUCUCGAUUAAGCCUGCUGCACCCACCGCCUCUGCCAGUCAUCCUGCCACUUCUAGUGGAAGCCAGUCAAGAGCCACAUUCAAGACUCUUACUCUUGUUGCUGGGAUUGGUCUUGGUCUUAGUGUUGGUCUUGGUUGGGUUGGGUUGAAUUAA